UUUUCCUAAUUACGGAGUAAUAAAAGAGUUGCUUCUGUUGUAGGGUUUGGGAUAUUUUUGUUUGUUUAAUCUGAUACAACACCUAGAUAGAAGACGGAUUCCACAUUUUCUAUUCCUUUCCGCCGCCGCUAAGCCUUCUUUCAAUCCGUUUCUGGCAAUUCUGUGAUUGCAAUCAGUGAGUAAUCAGUGGAUCUGUGGCUGCAUUUGGGUUUCGUUUUUUUAUUUUUUGAAUUUUUGGACCGUUGAGUUGCCGGAGAUGGCGGAGAAGAAGGCGGACGAGCAAGAGGAGGUCAAGGGCGGGGAGUUAUUGUUCUGCGGGUGCUCGAGCUGGGACGCCAUUGGUCGUCGCAAGGUGUCACCGGAGCACAACCUGUUUUCUCCGGUGAGGCUUCGACCUCUGGUCGGCGUCAAUAUUUGCUUAGUUGCUUCUGGCUGUGCAUCUUGUCAUUGUGUUGCACUGGACACUGAAGGUCGAUGUUAUACAUGGGGGCGGAAUGAGAAGGGGCAGCUUGGUCAUGGAGAUACACUUACGCGUGAUCGACCAACCAUUGUUUCAGAACUCUCCAAGCAUAACAUCAUCAGAGCAGGAUCGGGAAGAAGCCAUACAGUAGUUGUAACUGAUGAUGGACUCUCCUUUUCAUUUGGAUGGAAUAAACAUGGGCAGCUUGGGACUGGAUCUGUUAGAAAUGAAAUAGAGCAUUCUCCAGUACGUUGCCUUGUAUCUGACGUCAAAACAGUCUCUUGUGGAGCUGAUUUUACUGUUUGGCUGACCUCUAUUGAAGGAUCUUCUAUAUUAACUGCUGGUCUACCACAGUAUGGCCAACUUGGCCAUGGCACUGACAACGAGCACAACACCAGAGACAGUUCAGUGAAACUUGUAUAUGAAGCUCAACCUAAGCCCAAAGCAAUAGCUGCCUUUGCUGGUGAAACCAUUGUUAAAGUGGCUUGCGGGUCAAACCACACAGUUGCAGUUGAUUCAAAUGGACAUGUUUAUACCUGGGGCUUCGGUGGUUAUGGAAGGCUUGGCCAUAGAGAGCAGAAGGAUGAGUGGGCCCCGCGACGUGUUGAUGGAUUUAGCAGGCAAAAUGUCCUGCCCCCUGAUGCUGUGAUCUCAGCUGGUUCUGUGAACUCAUCUUGCACUGCUGGGGGAGGCCAGCUAUACAUGUGGGGAAAAAUAAAGAGCACUGGGGAUGAUUGGAUGUAUCCUAAACCUCUAAUGGAUUUAAGUGGGUGGAACUUGCGUUGUAUGGAUUCUGGCUACAUGCAUCACUUUGUUGGUGCCGAUUCUUCUUGCAUAAGCUGGGGGCUUGCACAAUCUGGGGAGCUUGGCUAUGGCCCUAAUGCUCAAAAAUCUUCUGCAAUUCCUAAAAAGGUGGAUUCUCUCGAAGGCAUGCACGUCCUCAGUGUUGCAUGCGGAUAUUCCCACUCCAUGAUAGUGGUUGACAGGACUGGUGUUUCUGAUAAAAUUGAUCAGUUUGAAGUAUACGAUGGCAAGACUUCCGAAGAACUUGAGAAUGAAAAAGCUUCAGCCCCUAAAAAAGCUCCUCCGAAAAAAGCCACCAAGAAGCCAGCAGCUGCAAAGCCCAAGAAGAGGAAGAAGUCCUCUAAAGAAUCAUCAUCUGAGUCUGAACCAGAAGAGGAAGAAAACAAAGAAGAAGAAGAGGAAAACGGUCACAGUGAAGAUGAAAGUGAAGAAGAAGAAGAAGAAGAUUCAAACGGAAAAGCUGCUUCCAAAAAAUCUGGUCGGGGGAGAAAGGCUGCUACUGCCACCACUGGUCGUGGCGGCGGUCGUGGUGGCUCUAACAAGAAGGCCACUCCAAGUGAGAAGCCAAAGGGGUCCGGUAAAAGAGGAAGGCCAAGAAAGUCAGCCCAAUAAUUGUUUCCAGCAGGAUUUGUAUUUUUUCUUCCCAUUUUAUUGUAUUUCUUCAAUUGCUUCUGUACUUGUUUCCAAAUUUAGACAGUUUGAUUGCUUGCCAUAUUAGGGCUCUUUUAAAACAAAAAAAAAAUCUGAAGCAUUUUGUAUCUGCCAGCUAGUUUUUGGAAAGUGGAAUGAAGAUGUUUUUUGGGUCAUUUUAAGUCCAUU